UGUCGUAUAGAACGGUUCGGUUCCGGUGCUCGUCGCGUUCCGUUAAACUUAAAUAAAAUUAAAUAGAGAACAGAAUUUCGUGUUAAUUGAAAUACUACGGAAAUUUCGGUGAAACGAAAAUAAAUUUUGUGUAGUGUCUCGCGCCAGCCAUUCACAUCUACGAUAUACGAUCACAAUAAAUAAAGGAAAUGAUCUAGCUAAAAGAAUAUAUAAAUCAUGGCUGCUCAGGAUAACGCACGUUAAAUGGAAAUAUUCAACAUAAAUCUAUUGGAUUACCUAAGAGCAUGGAUCUGCGCUGCCUGCUGCUGAACAUUGUCUUCGUAUCCGUUGUGAAUGCUAUGCUGGCCUUUGGCAUCGCCAGCCAGGAUGAGCGCCGCUGUUCGGUGGGACGGAUUGAGAAACUGAUGCGCAUUCGCUGCUACAACAUGGAUCUCAAGGAGGUGCCACAGAACCUGAAGACAUCGGUUGAGGUACUGGACUUAUCGUACAAUCGCAUUAGGAAGCUGAAAAGUGGCUCGUUCCAGAGGUAUACCGAUAUUAAGUUUUUAAUGCUAUAUGAGAACAUGAUCUUAUCUGUGGAGCCGGGCACAUUUGCACCGCUCACCGCGCUCCAGGAAGUUGAUCUGUCGAAUAAUGGUCUGACCACGAUUCCCAUGGAGCUGUUCGCGUUGCCCAGGCUGCGCAAUCUCUACGUAGACAGCAACGAGCUGCGGGAGCUGCAUCAAGAUCUCGAAACGCUGCAGCGACCGAUUCGUGCACCGCUCGAGUACCUCAAUCUGGCCAAUUGUGACCUGCACGAUAUUCCCGAUCUGGGCAUAUUGCCAAAUCUCUGGCAGCUAAAUGUUUCGGCGAAUCCAUUGACAAACUUCCACAUCGAGAAGCUGGCAAAUUUGUGCCAUUUGCGAGUCAUCGAUCUGACGCGAACGCAGAUCAAUUCAUGCGACUGCCAGCAGGUGACCAAUCAUCUAAUGACGAUCGGCGCUAAUCCCAAAUUUGUGCCCGUCUGCAUGGAUUCGCUAGACAGCAGCGUGUGUCCACUGCCCUACAAUCGCACCGUUAACUCGGAAACAUUCCGUGGCUGUAUGGACAGCGCGGAGUUGGCCGAAGUGCGCAGCCUUUGGCUCUUUGGCGCUGGCUGCUUCGGUGGCGUCUUCUUGGUGCUGCUGGUAUUGUGGUACUGCAUCCACAGAUGGCGCAAACGGCGCGCUCGUCGACGUCUUAGCCAAUCAAUACGGAAUCGCAAACAUUUUGUGAUAUCGCCGCGAAAUGCAACCAACAAUCGGAUGGAGGAUGAACCCCUGCACUGUGAUACUGCCUCAGCAUGACCCUUAGCCUACACUUAGUUAAGAUCGAUGUAGUUAAAGUCCAGUUAUUUAUUAGCCUAGCUCUAGUGACCCUUAGUUUAGUAUGCCACAGACUAUCUAUCGAAUUGCCAUAUACCAACUAUGUGUACCAAAAACUUUAGCAAGUGCCUCAAGUGCUCAAGCUAUUUAAGGAAUUGUUCUACUUACUUUAUAUAAAUUUUACAAAC